UGGAAACAUCCAAAGAGAGGCUAAUUUCAGCUUUAGAGUUAAUUUCUCUGCCAUUAAGUUGUAGAGAGGUAAAAAUACUGAAAUAAGUAGAAUAGCCAUAGUUCAGUGCUUUACUGCCAUCUUCUGGAUAGUGUGUAGCUACAGCUGUUUUAUAACUUUUAUAAGGUUUAUCUGUGCUGAAUGUCUGCAGUGUGUUUCGGGCUGUGGAUGCUCGGCUGGUUGGUUAAGUCUCGUUUGGAACAUGGCUACUUCUGUUAGCAUUUCCAUUAACUAAGCUAAGCUAAGAUAAGCUAAACUACCUGGUUUAAGACUUUAACACGAGUAAACAUGGUCGAGAAUAAGUUGAUUUUAAACUAUUUUCGCCGCCAAAACGAGGCAAAAGUGGAGAUUGAUCCAACAGCAGUGCUGAGCUUCAUUCCUUCAAUGAAUAAGGAGUUUCUGUCUCUGUUGGGUUUGGAAGAAGUGGUUCAGUUCCGCUUAGAGCUGUUGGACAAAUUCGAGUACAAUGUGCCCAAAAGACGAAAAGGAAAGGCAAAAAAGAAGAACAACAAGUCUCCUACAUCUGCUGUGGAGCCGUACUCUCCUCCCAAAGAUCCACUCGUCUGUGCACAGUGCAGCACUGAUUUCUCUUGUUCAUGGGAACAGGACAUAAACGGCUCUUUUCUAUGUCAGUCCUGUUUAAAGUGUAAAUGGAGGAAGGAGCACUGGUGCACCACCAACCUAGGAGGGUCUGCAAUCAGCCCAACUUCGGGCGGCCUCAACUCAAAUCACAUUCUUUCCCCAUCCAGUCAGCCAGAAACAAAUAAUCCUGAGGUUCAACAAGAAGCUGCCUUCCCCUUCAUCCAAUGGUCAGCUUCAUCCAAUGGUCAGAAGAGAGAUCAGAAGGAUUCCAGAAUAUCGGUGUCUCCUGGUAGCACUUCUUCGUCUCCCUUAUCCUUUACAAGAUUCUACUCUGAUCCAUCUUCCAGUCUUCCCUCGCCAUCUCCAUCAGAUCCUCUCUCCUCUCCCAUUAAUUGUUCCUCACCCUUUUACACCUUGUACCUUUCUAAUGGCUCUUCCUCUUCUUAUUACCCUUCUUCCUCUGAAUGUAACUCCUCUUCCUCCUCUAUGUCCUCCUCACCACCACAUUGUUCACAAUACUCAAAGAAGAAAGUUGGAGCACCUUACUGGAUGAAUACUCUUGUUGCAAAGAAUUCGCUUAAAGAUAGCAAGGACAAAGAAGAAACUAUGGAACACAAGAACAGAGGCUUGACCUGGAAAAAUACUGAGAAGACACCCAUCUCUGAAUCUCAACCAGUUGCCUCCCAUUCAUUGUCUUCAUUAACAAUGGAAUUGGGAACUUCAACAUCCAUACCAGUGCCCAGUGCUGGCAAACAGAAGACUAAGACUGAGAUGGUAAAGCCCACCUUGAAGAAGACAACCAAAGAGGAGCACAUCAGCCAAACUGUGCAUCCGGAUUUAAAGGCGAAUCAAAGUAAACUGCAAAAGGCCUCUUCCAACGUUACAACAUUGGGAUUGAAGCAGCGUAACCAACAGAAGUCCCAGGUAUGCAACACUAGCUCUGUUAUGAUGGAAUCAAAAACAUCCAUCCCACUGCUCAAAGCGAGCAAACAGAAGAUUAAAACAGAGAAGCUAAAACCAAGCUUGAAGAAUGCCACUAAAGAGAAGCACCCCAGUCAAACCGUGCAUGCGAAUUUGAAGCUGGACCAGGGUAAACGUCCAAAGGUCUCUUCCUACAUUCUGUCAAUGGAACUAAAGCAGCAUAAUGUACAGAAAACCCAGGUAUGCAACACUGGCUCUAUUACGAUGGCAUCUACAACAUCCUCACCUCUGCUCAAUGCGAGCAAACAGAAGGUUAAGACAGAGAAAUUGAAGCCAAUCUUGAAGAAAACAAACAAAGAGGAGCACACCAGCCAAACCGUGCAUGAGAAUUUGAAGCAGAACCAGAGAAAACUGCAAAAGGCCUCCUCCAGCUUGUCCCAUAAUAGUAAUUUCUUCACAGAUAAAACUUCAGGAUCUCCUUCUUCACAUUCUGCAAAGUUCAAAGAGCAAACCUCAAUAACACUGAGCUUUGGCAAUGUCUCAUCUCCUGUUCCCUCCUCAUCCACUCAGACUGUAAGGAAAGGACCUCAAACUAAACAAACUAAACUUGCUUUCCCUUCAGUCAGUCCCUCUCAUUCCGCAAAGUCUAGCCAAUACUUACCAAAGUUCUCAAUCCACCACACGCCCUCUAAUCAGGCUCCUACUUCCGAAACCUUCCCAGACUCAGGCGUAGAGCAUCAGAAGGCUCUUUGGUCAGGACCAAGAUGUGUCAGUGAAUGCAAGCCAGAUCAUUUGAUGAGAUCUUCACCAACAAACGCAUCAUCUACUCAGCAAGGAAAGACACACCAGCAGGCUGUUGUCCCACAGAAGGCCAAGGUGUCCAAAUCUUGCUGCCCUGAAGGUAUGCGCCCAACUGGAUUGGAGUCGCAAAAAAAGGUACAUCAAAGGAUGGGAUCUAGCUCUGUUCCUGACAAGAUCCUUCAAAAACCCAAGUAAUGUUGAUGACCCAGAGGAGGCAGUUUAAAGUGUUCCAUGUUCAGUUCUUGAUUCUUGCCUCCUUCUUACCUCAGGUCAAUAUUUGAAGGUAUUCUCUUAUCCAACAGUGGAUGAUUUCCCCCUUAUUUGGUGUUUGCCUUUAUUAAUACUUGAAAGCCAGUCAGAUUCUAGUUAUACUCCAGUACCAGGAUUGAGAAUCACUGCUAUAAAAGUACCAUGUUUCCAUUAUAUAGUGGUCAAACUGGUCUGUAGGGACCGCAGACUGUCCACAUUUUCUUUUGAAUGGAUAUUUUGCAAUCGUUUUUGUGAAUUGAAUUUUUGAAGUUCAAAGAACCUUCAGUAUGCCUCAGUGGAUGUAAUGAAACCUUUAGAUUUAUUUUUUGAAAGAAACAUUCUUUAGUUCAUAAGUUAUAUUGAGUUUUUGAGGUUCAAAAACACUCCACAUAUAACAUAAAGGCACUAAAACAGGGCGUUUAAACCAGGUCCUGGAAAUUUCCCUCCCAUCAAAAUUUACCAUCAAUCUAAUCCAACACACCUGAUACAGGAUACAGGUCAGGGUCAUCUUAGUAUUAAAAGCUUAUUUUAAUAGAUUUAUGUUGUAUCUGAACUCUUCUAGGUGGUAGAACUUCAGGAACACUAUUGGGCACACAUGCACUAAAAAGAGCCCCUGGGUCACUAUAAGUGGGUAAUCCAAGUCCAGGGUGUAAUCUCCAUUCCAGGGUUUUGUUUUAGUUGCAGCUCAAUUGGGCAGCUCUGCAGCAGCUCAGUUAUACACAAAGUUAUCCAGACAGUUUUAAUAAAAUCCUGGGGUGGAUUUGUACUUUCUGAACCUGGAUUAAACACCUCAACAGAGUGAGUGAUCGAAAUCUAUAGAAACUAAUGGCCAACUAUUUUUCUGUCAGCAAAAAAAGUAUGUUAAUGUUAAUAAGUUUCAGCCUCAGUUUAACUGUUAACCUCCAAUAUGUGCAAUUGAAAAGGCGAGAAAGUGAAAACACUGUUAUUGUGUUAUUAUAAAAUUUGUGUUACUGGUUGUUUGCCUAAAAGAAGUAUUUUUGUUUGUAUGUUUAGAAAACCAAUACAUUGUACUCCUCUACACAGUUUUUACACUGCUGAUUAAAUUAAUCAUAUAAAAUGUGUAUGGAAUACACUAACCAGUAUUAUUGAUUGUGUAAGUUCUUUUUAUAUAUUGUUGGUUCAGCCUUUAUCUGCUGCUGCUGAUUAACUUAUGUUCUGUCUCAAUAAAUA